AUGGAAAACGCAGCACAAUCGAGACAAAUAUCUAAACUUACGAAAUUCUUAGAAUACGAUAUCGAAGUCAAAGCACAUUCCACCCUUAACAAUGCCAAAGGAGUGAUAAAUUGUAGAGACCUUUUGAAUUGCACAGAACAAGAAAUUUUGGAUGAACUAGAAGGACAAGGUGUUAUAGAUGUAAGACGUAUUAAAACAAAAAAAGAGGGUAAACUCGUUGAUACCCCGAUUCACAUCCUAACAUUUAAUACACCGAAAUUACCACAACAAGUUAAAGCAGCUUUUUAUAAUCUCAAAGUUCGCCAAUUUAUUCCAUCCCCAUUACGAUGUUUUAAAUGUCAAGGUUUUAGCCACACGGCAACAAGGUGCACUAAAGAGCAAAUAUGUGUAUGCGGAAAAUCUCUUCACGUGGGCAGCCAAUGCCAACCACCAGUAAAGUGUAUAAACUGCAAAGGAGAUCAUUCCGCAAGAUCUAAAGACUGUCCAAUAUACAAACAAGAAGUAGCGAUACAAGAGAUCAAAGCAAAAGAGAAUAUAUCCUACACUGAUGCCAGAAAGAAAAUUAUUAUACCCACCCCAAAACCAAAUAUUUCCUUUGCUCGAGCCAUUGCCCCUCCGAUUAUACCUAAGUUAAAUACCAAAGAAUUGGUACAAGAAUUAAUUCCCCAUUUAGUAAGUGCACUCAGUGCUUUCUAUACUCCCCCUCCCGUAUUUGUACAACCCACAAUACCUGCACAAUCCAAAAAAUUACCUUUACCGGAUCCUGGCUGUCCCAUACAGAAACGAUAUAGAACUGAUAGUUCGGAUAUUGAAUCUGUAACCAGCGAGGCGGGUUCAUCAGCCCAGAAAACAAAGACUGUCAAGAAACCUAAACGUGGACGUGGUUGGAAAAAAGGAAGAUCCCGAAAGCCAAAAGACAGUAAUAACUCUCAAAGUUUGGAUGAUUUACCUUCCUCGGAAGAGGAAAACCAGGAGAUGGACCUACAGGACCCAAUCCAAAAACUUCCGGAUCCAAUCCAAAAACUUCCGGAUCCAAUCCAAAAACUUCCGGAUAAUUCUACCCCUACUUAA